AUGCGAAAAGGAGAGCGCGGUCAGAGAAAAAUUUUUAUGGCCCUAUUUUUGAGAAUCUGCUGCCUAAAAAAUUUGAUUUCCUUUUGAAACAUUUUGACCCUGAUUUUUUCUGCAAAGGACAACCUGCCACUCUUAUUUGCCUUUCAAAAUGGUCUCCUUGAUUUACGCCAAACUUGAUCAAAAUCUAACAGUUUCGGUUUGAGAACGGUCGCUUUUAGCUGGGAGCCCUCGUACCGCUGAAUUGGCACCUUAUUUGGAAGCUUUCUCAUCCGCAGGCUUCAGCAUGUUCAACUGCUUUCCCAGCUCGCAAUUCAUUCAUUGGCUCCGUGGGCAUUAAACGGUUCGAACGGAGCCAACAAAUUUGUUUUGUUUUUCGCUCAGCUGCCUAGAAAGUCGUCUGUCUUUCUGCUAGUCUCUUCGGCGGAGAGCCGCUUCUCUGCUGUCGCCGGUAAAGAACACCCUGAGGAGUCAGCCGGGGUGGUUUUUUUUUGUAAACGUUCGUUUUCUGUUGUUUUGAUGGAGUGCGCUUUAUUUUGAAACACUUUCUCUCCAUUCUCUCCUUUUUUUGAUUACACAACAGCUCGGCGUCUGUGCGACCUAUAAAAGGUAAACACGUCUUGUUGACUUUCCCUUGAAAUUAUGAUACCACUGCCGGGGAAAACGAUCGGAUUGUGCGCAAGAACGCAACGGAUCUAAGAUAUAUCGACAUAACUAGAGAAUGUGACGAGUCCUGAAUAUGAAAAUGUGAAAUCAAAAGAGAUACGACUAAAAUGGCAUAAGAAGGAAAUUGCUUAUUUUUCGACUCUUGAAUAUGCUAGAAAUUUGCCCCAGAGCCUCUAGGCCACAUAUGAAUCUCAGAAAAUCCAAAGCCAAUCGAGGCCUUGGAAAACCAGAAAAACAACAGCUAUUAGUCGCAUGUUUAAAAAUAUUGUUGGUAAAGAUUUACAUUGUACUUCCAGUAUAUAUUUAUUGCAAACUGAAAUUUGCAAAAUCGAGAUAGUGUUGGCAAAUUUGACGCGAAGAAUCACUUAAUUCCACAAUGCUAAAUAUGACAUAUUCCAUACAAACUUCAACCCUGGAUUGGCGUUCAAAUUUAGCGAUUUCUCUAAUAAGGCAAAUGAGGUUUUUGAGACGUGCUGUGCGAAAUUUUUGUGAUUUUUCUUUCUGCGCUAACCGCGGGCCCAACCGUUUUAUAUCUCAAGUCACGGUUUCAACGUUUUUCAGCAAUUUUUUACCGGUCGGCGAUAUUCCUUGCUAAGUCGCUUCACCAACCGCCAGAAGGUGGUCGUCUACUUUACGGGCUUUUACAACGUCUCCUACAUCGUUUGUCGCCGUUCGAGAGAGGCUCACGACGUCGCUAGAAGGACGAAAAUCCAGGCCGGAUAAGGCGCGUCUGUCCGAACAAAGUGCAUCCAUUGUGACUCAACAGGUUUGUUUGGGUUUGUUGACUAAACAGAAAGGCCGUUAAUCAUUCGUCCAUUAUGUCAUUCCCAUUUCCUGAGACGACCGAGAUUCUUAAAUCGGAAAUCGGGAAAAAUGCGACACUUUUUGACAAAUUUCAGGAUGAAUACCGGCUUCUGCCGUCGAGUAAAGUCUUUAUAAAAAAUUAAUUUUUCACGCCCAUAUGACAAAAUCUCGCUCAAUCAUAAGCUAGAUUGUGGCCAAAUGAGAACGCAAAAUUUCAAUCACCAAAAGUUGAAUUUCAGUGUACAACCGUGGCGACGGAAUCGCCAACUGGCGGCGAAAUUGCCAAGCGAACAAUCCAUGAAACCGCAGGCUCCGCAGGAAAGCACGAAGCACCGUCCGUGCAUCGCGCCGACGCCGACCCCGAACUGCCGGCCUCGCUGAAUCCGGGCUUCGCCAGCUCUUCGACCUUGCCCGAAGGCAGUGGGAUCAAUGACGCCGCCAAGAACAGCGAAACCCAACGACUGCAACAACUGGAGCAAGUGCUGAACAACGCGCUGCUCCAACAACUCCAACAGUUGCAACAACAGCAGCACGGGUUGAGCAAUCAGGGCCAGCUGAAUGCCUUGCUAAAUGCGAUCUCAGCGCCGCCCUCCACGAUGAAUGCCCAGGAGUUUCAUCGGGUAGGCUGCAAAAACUCUUUGUCUUCCGUGUUAAUAAUGCCUUUGUCAGUUUCGAUGAGAACGGGUUUUUUGAUACAAAAAAGUAAUAGUAAUUUGUAUACAUCAAUCAUACUUAAAUUUUGUUUCAUGUUGUAGUUUCAAAACGGUAGUGAGACGCGCUUCGUUGACGUAGGCACAAUUUAAAGGCCAUACGUUAUUUACAAAGGAAAUUCUCGGGAAGCAGAGUUCAGUUUUGUUUGCAAGCAUGAUCUAUCCAGGCCACAAAUCGGUUGCAGAACAUUUUAGAUCCGUAAACAUUUGUUGUCAGUCCCUCUCUCCUUUUUUUGUAAAGCCUCACUGAAGAUUUUAUAACAUCUCGACAUUUUCUACAAAAGGCGAGCUGAAAUUUUCAGUGAUUGUAAGAGGGUGUAGCUAGGCCAUCUACGCAAAUUUUACUAGAAUUCAGCUCGGGCACUUUUCUUAUUUUCCCUCGUAAUUUGUCGUAUCGAUGUUUUAUUACGUAUUCUCUUGGCCAGCCAUAAAAUUACGCCUCAACAUUCUAGGCGGGCUACCUUAUUCGCGGCUGGUAUCGCUGUCGUUUAUUUGUGUUUUGGACAGUUUUGUUUGUUUAAGUAACCCCGGCGACUCGGCCUAAAUAAAUUGUCAAACAAAAAAGGUCGAAUGUUUAGAGUCGCAAAAAUACUAUUCUCUGUUUGUUUACGGCUCUUGUCCCUCGCUGGUGUUUAGACUUCUUGCGGUUUUGGGAAACCUCAGCGGUGUUUUGUUGAAUCACCCACUCCCAUGUUGUUUAUAACGGAGAAGGGAUGGGGUAGGGGUGAAAUGAUUCGUCUGGGUUUUCAAUACACUCCUAAGGCCUUAAUGAAAUUGUUCCAAGAUAGGGGAAUCUUUUGAAAACGAAAGAAAGAGGGGUGAUUUUUGUUUGUUAUGGAGGUCCUUAGUAAAUGGGAAAUUAUUUUGCAGCUACUAGAUUUUGGUGGCUUUGAUUUGGAUAAAACUUUGUCUAAUAAAGGCUAUGCGACAUUUUUAGCUCCCAUUUCAAUGUGAAAACCAUUGAAAUUUUUGCGUCUAAAUUUGGCAAAAUUAACCGUUUUUGGAAAAUUUUGGGUGAAAAUUGGGAAUUGCAUUUCGAAAGUGCUAUAGCUCUUUUAGGUCGAUCUUCCGAUCUAAUUUUCGUAAAGUUAAUGUUUACUCCAAUAAUUCCGAGAUAUUCAUAUCAACUUGACCACUACUACAAAUUUUCCUAAUGCUUUCAAUCGUUGAAUAUCUCGGCCUCUCCUUCAAAGUGCGAGCUUAAAUUUUUGGCAUUUGAAAAUGUCUUCUAUAUGAGGUUUGUUUGCCAAAUUUAAGGAAACUCAGAGCUUUGCAUUUUGAGUAGUUCCCCUAUAUGUUUAGAAACACUAUUUACUUCUACAAUUUGUAUCCUACUCUCCCUUGUAUACGGUAGCCACCUGACUUUUCAGCUUUUCCUUGUUUUAUCUGUAGAAAACCACAGUUUCUUUUAUAUAAUAUGCAUUUUGCAGAGGGCCGUGUUUAGAAAGUAAACAGUUGGAAAAACAACUUUUACUCGCAUUAGUCAGAGUGUUUUCGGCGCCCUGCGGGCAUACUGGAUGCACUGGACUGAAAAUUUUGUUUUCCUUUUCCCGCGAGUAAAUAACAAGAGAGCGCGAAAAGGUGAGAGACCACAAGAGUAAUCGAUUACGUAGGUACAGUUUGUUUGCGGGCAUUGCUGUUGUUUUCCCUGAGAUGCAAACAGCUGGGUACAGUGAAAGCUGAACAUUGGAGGGGAAGUGCCUAAAGCUCUCCGAUUUAAAUGAACCUUAGCAAAAUUUAAAAAAGAAUGCCAGCGAUUUUUACAUAUCUCGCAAAUAGUUAGGAAGUCAAAACACCUACAGGAAACGCUUUACCUCUUGAGUCUUGACGAAUUGCACACGAGAUAUAUUUUAUGAAUUUCUAAUUGUGUGGAAACAAUUGAUUACAUCAGCGCGUUUAAUCAAAAUAAUAUACUUAAUUUCAUUGUACUGAUACGAAGGUAAUCCUUUUUUAUAAAACAGCCUGCUAAUCCGCUGUUUAUCUGGCGAAGGGGGCAACGUAAACAAACGGCAUUUCUGUUAAUGCCACCGUGGUAGGAGAGCAUUAAAUCCGUCUCAUGUCAGAUUCGUUUGUAUUUAUGCGGCUCGCCGCCGGUGCUGUAAACACUUUGUAUCUGUUUCGCAGAAGCUACGUGUAGCUCGUAUAGUGAUUAGUCUGUCAUAAUGCCAUCUAUUGCGACUUACAGAGAGUUAUGGAUUUAAGAAAAAAGUCAAGAUCUGUACAAUUUAAGCGACCAAAAAAUUUGUUCGUUGUAGAAAGGUUUCGUUUACGAAGUCGUUGUGGCGCAAAAUAAGGAGACAGCGCGCGAAGUGCGGAGCAUGGUCAGAGCGAAUACCUUUACGUCCCGACUUUUCGGGUCGACGGCAGUUCGGGUCAUCACAAAAUCGAUCGAGACGGGGCGUAGGGCAGGUAUACCCAAAAAAAGGUUAUAGGAAGUGCCUAUGAGGCCUGGCAAAAACCGCUCGGCGAAGGCUCGGCGGAGGCUUGGCGAAGACUUGCAAUAUUUCCAAUUUUUCUAAUUUUAUUAUAGCUGAAUUUAGCUUGAGAAAUGGGUUUUCGUAAAGAUUUUUAGUAGAUAUAUAAAGGUGGUCAUAUAAGAUCUCGGAAUUUUUUUUCCAAAUCGCGAUUGUCGGUGCACAAAAAAGUCGACGCCCAAAUCGGAAAAUUGGCGUCGACUUAUUUUUUUCUUGGCACCGAAUUCUGAAAUUCGGUAAAUUUUUCCAAGUUUUUCGAAAUUAGUGCACAAAGUCUUAAGUCUGCACCGAAGACUUAAGUGCUUAAGUCAGCACCGCAUUUCGGAAUUCGGUGCUGAAAAAAUUAAGUUGACGCCAAUUUUUCGAUUUGGGCGUCGACGUUUUUGUGCACCGACAAUCGCGAUUUGGGAAAAAAAAAUUCCGAGAUCUUAUAUGACUACCUUUAUAUGGACGCUGCGACUUUUCCGGGCAGCGACAGUUCGGGUCAACGAUACUAUGGAUCGUGUCAGUUCGUCGUUGUAUGCACGAGGGAGGCUAGAAGAAAGCUUAGUUAGUAGAUUAUCUCUGAUAAAUUUAUCGGGUCCUAGGAUACAGUGAGGGACCGGUUCCAAUAGCAAAAAACGUCUCAUUUUGCAUCCCGGAAGGGACCAAAAUGUCUCCAAACCCUUCCCUCGAGAUGCAAAAAUAGACGUUUUUUGCCAUUGGAGCAGGUCCCUCACUGUAGCUUAUCACCUAUUUUAAGGUAUUUUGCAAGUACUCACAUCAAUAAUAUCUAGGUAAAAGUUAUGGAUAUUCGUUUUUUGCCGCAAAUCUCGGUCUUUUAUCCAUAUUACAAUAAGCCGUAGGGUAUUUUGAUCGCGUCGAUUUCGGCCGACUUACAUAUUGUUGCAUUUUCAAAACCCCCAAGUUUGAGCUUCUAAUCGUUCGUAUUUCAGCUGGAAGAACAGCUGAUGCUCGCCUUACAGGACAGUGUGGGUCGUCAACUUCCCCAUGCGCAACCCAUGCAGACCCAGCUCACACAACUGGAUCUUCGGACGCUUCAGAAUCUGCUGAUGAGUUCACAGUCGCCAACGCAAAUGAGUGGGACCAAUCGGAGUCCCCAACUGUUUAACAAUUCAUUGCUGGAUAUUCAAUUGCUUGCGGGUUUGCCUGGCCUCGGAAACAACCUGUUAGGACAUGUGCCAAUGGGGAAUGUUGGGACGAGAACUCCGAUUGGAAUUGGGACUGGAGCCGGCGAUGUUAUUGGUAAGCAAAAUGCGUCAUACCAUGGGCAUUGGGUUUGUAACAACGCUUUCCUUUUCAUUAAACCUACAACCCGUUUCCAAUUACAAAGAAAGAACCUAAAAUGCAACCCUCCGCUCCUCUUGAAAUUUGUUUCGGAUUUUCGUUGUAGGCCACAAACAACCAAAUGCAAUCUUAGCUCACACAUUAUAAGAACUACCGAUAUAUUUAAUGACUUUUAUCGAGAGUUUAAUGAGGAUGUCAGACGAAAAAGGGUUUUUGAUCUGAUCCAGUAGCUUAUCUCUUUUAUUUUAGUUCAUCCUUUGUACAGUAACGGCGUGUGUCAAUGGCCGCAAUGCAACACGUCUUGUGAAUCGAUGGCGAGCUUUAUGCAUCACUUGAAUGUUGCGCAUACCACUGACGACAGCAGUGUAGCUCAAUACAAACUUCAAAUAGGCAUAGUUGAGGGGCUGGAGACCCGGUUGAACGAGGAGCGCUCUCGACUCCAGGCAAUGAUGCAGCAUUUGCAAAUGAAGCACUCACCGGACAGCACGCAGCCUCAUCUAGGUUUGAACACAACAAAUCCUCCCAAACAUUCGACGGCAUCCGCGACGAGGUCGCCAAUGUUGUCGCCGAAGGCAAGCCACGCGGGGCUCCAGGGAAUGGAAGCAGUAGGUUUGGGGAGGUUGUUAGUCGGGAUGUAGUGGCCUGUAAGCCAGUUUAAAUAGUUCGCCUUUCAAAUAUGGCGGAGAGAUGCGUGUGGAAUAAAAGAUCCUCGAAUUUUAUAAACAGCGGGCAACAAAUCAAGUGUCUCUUAGCUGACGCAAGUCCAUACUGUAUGUUUGAUUUUGAUGACUUUUCGUAAUUUUUGUUUUUGUGUUGUUGUUUUCUCGUUAAAACCACUUUUCACGCGAAAAGUGGUUUAAGGACAACAUAAUAUUCCGGAAGAUUAGGGCCAAAUUCGUUGAAUGAAUGUGGGGAUAUAGAGACUAAUUUCACUCGAAAAUGGGAUAACUUUUCUGCGUCAUGCGGAUUAGCCGCUUUGCCACCAUUAUUGGCUCGAAUGCCGUCCAACUGGUUUCGAACUACUGUAUGUUUCUUAAUCGCUAAAGCAUUACAAAAAAGACAAAACUUAAACUUGAAUUAGGUCGUUGUAAAAAUAUCAUGCAUGCGCAUAUCAUUGAUGUAUGCGUAUCAUACAUAUAUUCUAUGUUGCAAACUAAAAUGAUUUUUUCAGAAGCACGCCGGGUUUGGGACGACGCAAACGCCCAACUUUCAACGGAAUGUAGCCUCAAACAUGUCCGCUUCGUCGGUCAGCUCAAAUAUUUUAAAUUCGUUCUCGCAACAAAGCAGUAGUCAGCUGCCUUCAAUGGUAAAGGUAAGUAUCAUGCUUCGAGCCACAAAAAAUGGGGAGGGGAGGGGGGACAGAAUUGUAACCUACGAAACAUAUAGAUUUAACGAAAAUCUAAGAGUUAGAUCGCAAAUAAUGGGGAUCUUCAACGAUCCGAAUACCUUUAAUUUGAUGGACCUUUCUGUGAAACAACCUUUUACUCAUAUUGCUCUUUUAGUCCGAGUCCUCAGCAAGAUCCAUCAAAUCCGAGCAUGACGUCCCAUUAAACUACGGGAACCUCCAUUCCCCAUCUCUUUCACCGUCAAGAUCGGAAACUCGUGACCCUUUCGGUACACUUAGUCUUCCCGGAACAUCACCAGCCGCUUCACCCAAUCCAGCGGCCUCCACUUCUUCGUCUUCGGCAAGGAGGAGGGUCUCCGACAAGGCAGUGCUCCCUAUUGGAGCCGACAUUGCGAAGAAUCGGGAGUAUUACAAGAACAACGACGUGCGACCUCCAUACACGUACGCGUCGUUAAUUCGUCAAGCUAUAAUGGAGUCUAAGGACCGACAACUAACUCUUAACGAGAUUUAUCAAUGGUUUCAGGAGACCUUUGCGUAUUUUAGGCGAAAUGCGGCGACUUGGAAGGUAAUCAUUUUGCCUUACUGCCCGUUUUCUGAUAAAUUAGCUUCUGAUUCGCGCUUUUCAGAAUGCCGUACGCCAUAAUUUAUCAUUGCACAAGUGCUUCGCUCGGGUAGAGCAAAACGUUAAAGGAGCGGUGUGGACCGUCGACGACUCCGAGUUCUAUAAACGCCGGCCGCAGCGCUCGAACGCCGCGGUCGCUCGAGCCGCGCUAGCUCUAAAAAAUGCCGGCGACUCGGCAGCUUCGAGUCCCGCACCCUCUACGGACAUCCAUCAACAUCAUCAGCAGCAGACCUUGAACAUGCUGCAUCAAGCGCAGUUUUUGGAUCUGUUUCAAAGUGUCGGACAACCGAGCACAACAAACGGCUCAAAUCCGUUGACGUUGCUUUCACGGGCCGCUGCGCAUCUUGGACAGCCGGGAGGCGGUGAUGAAAUGGUCGGAGCGGAGAUUGAGAGCAAACGGGCAAGAAGUCAGAGUCCUAGGCUGGUGAUCGAUGAAUUGUUUGCUCCGAUGAGUAGCGGAGGAGGUUCGCUUAGGAUUUCAGGUAAGUUGCUAUACGAAAAAUUGAAUUACUCCAAGUGGAGCUCUUCGAUUUGCUUUGCUAAAAGCCUAUCAAGUCUGCGCUCCUUUUCUAACCUCACUAUCUUGCAGAUGCGGGAACCUCAAUGUCUAGUAGCCAGCCGAUAAGACCGUUUUCGAGAACCGAAGGCGUCAACGAGCCGUACAUGUUGCCGGGCUUAAGUCAGGCCAACGCCGAGGCCUUGCAAGCUCUUCUAAAGUCCGCAAAUCCUCUGGGGAUUCUCAGCGGCUUAGAGGAAAAAACUCUGGCAAAUUUUGUGAAUGCCGGUAGCCAAUCGACCUCAAUUACGACCAGCUCUCGUUUGGUGGAACAACGUGGCGAUUUGGCUGCAAGUCAGGCCCAAGACGAAAGCCAGAGUCCGUUGUCGCGACAGGAUUCAAGCGAUGAAAGCAUUGAUGUCCAGCGGCGUUCGAAUUCACCAAAUUGA